UGACAAAAUGUGGAUAAAAGUCAGAUAAAACGUCAUAUUUAAAUUAAUUUUAAACGCAAAGCAAUAAAAAAGGAUAUUUAAAUAUGUUGGAUCAAGUAAAACAUAUUAUUCUCGUACUAUCAGGAAAGGGUGGUGUUGGAAAAUCUACAAUUAGCACUCAAUUAGCUUUAAGUCUGAAAGAUUUAGAUUAUAAAGUAGGAUUACUUGAUAUUGAUCUUUGUGGACCUAGUGUACCAUAUUUAUUACAAUUAGAAGGAUCAGAGAUUCAUCAAUGUCCAGAAGGAUGGGUACCUGUCUACACAGACAAAGAUCAAAAACUAGCUGUGAUGUCAAUAGGGUUUUUAUUAAAAAAUCGUAACGAUGCUGUAAUAUGGCGUGGCCCGAAGAAGACUGCAAUGAUAAAACAAUUCCUCGAUGAUGUUUAUUGGCAGGAUUUAGAUUAUUUAAUAAUUGAUACACCACCAGGGACAUCCGAUGAACAUAUUAGUGUCAUGGAAAAUUUAAAAACUGUAAAGUGUGAUGGUGCAGUGAUUGUAACAACACCACAAGAAAUGGCCAUUGAAGACGUACGAAAAGAAAUUACAUUCUGUAAAAAAACUGGUAUUCCUGUUUUGGGAAUUAUUGAAAAUAUGAGCGGGUUUGUAUGCCCAACAUGUUCAGAAUGUACCAAUAUAUUCAGUUCAGGAGGUGGCCAAGCAUUAGCUGAACUAACUGAAGUACCAUUUUUGGGUACAUUACCUCUUGAUCGACGUAUGGGUGAAACAUUAGGAAAAUCAUAUAUUAAAGAAAUUCCUGAUUCACCGGCUGCAAUAGAAUUGAAAAAAAUUAUUGAAAAAUUAACAAGUAAAGUUUCUUAAGUCUCAUUUUUAACGUACAAAAAUUUUAUUUUUUCAAUCAAUAAAAGAAAAUUAAUUUUUUAUAUUAAAAUUUUAUUACAUUGCUAACAAUAUUCU